UUAAACUAGCGGUAUUUAACAGGUGAGCGGCGAUGGAGAAGAAUCUGAAGGCGUUUUAUCGCUAGACGCGCCUUUUGUGCGCGUAAAUGAAUUGUAUUGCGGGGCUGUAUAGGCUGGAGAAGGCUCGGAAGACAUAACGUGGUAGUUGAGGGUAAAUCUGCAGCAUUAUGUCGGCUGGUAAACAAUCUCGGGGAUGUGCGGUGACCGUCCGAGGCGUCCCUCUGUCUGCACGCCUCCAGCGUUUGUGAGCGGAUGGAACGCUUCCGAAUGGAUCGGUGUGGAGAGAGAGGGAGGGAGUUGUUGUGGUGAGACAGCGUAGACGUUUAAACCCCGGAGAAAAGCGGUAAACAAAGAAUAUAGCGCGUCGGUCCUCCCGAAACGGGGCUGCUCUGUCGCGGGGAAUGGCGGGUCUCCGCCACGCCGAUGUGUCUGUGCAGCGGCGGCACAGCAGUUCCCGUUCCGUUUGACUUUGGCAUUGUUCAGUAAGGGCAAAUUGAUCGGGCUCAGGUCGCGCAGAAAGCACGCCGUGCUCGCUGCCGAGGCCCCCUGUUCCUUGCGUCCACUGGAGGGAAAAAAGGGCUUCGAUGGACAGAAAAGGCGGCUAGGCGCCGUGGAUCCUUUUGUUUGGAGCGUGCAGAAAGUCGACUGACGCACACUGCAAGGGGCUGCUCGAUCUAUCUAACCGUGGCGCUGGGUGUUGGGGGUGUUUCCGCAGCCCGCAGUGCGAUUUUGUUACAUGCUUCUGCACAAACUUGCAAAGACAAACAUGCACGCCAAUCGACGUAAACUCGUUUAUUGUGCGCUUGAAGUUUCCCCGAGGUGUUUUGUGGUCUUAACUGCUGGUUCGGCAUAGAGCACCGAUCCCACAGGGAAGGGGAAACCAUUGAGAGCAGAGUAGAGAGCGUGUGGUGCAGCCUACGGGUGCUGAUGACUCCUCAACCUGGACUACAAGAAGGAAUCCCGGGCUACUACUGAGGCUCCGCCUGUCGUGGGCGAUGGUUUAUUUUGGAAGUUCCACCUUUUGUAGGCGAGUACUUGUGAUGACGUUUAGCCUGCAGUGAUUGGCUCCAGCACAUGAAGUGGGAGGAGUCUGAAAGUGCAAUGGAAGAGGCCCUCCUUCACAGAGUCACGUGUCAUUAGAGUCCAGGAAGUAGUCCAUUAUGUAAAUGGUUUUUCAUUGCAUCCAUUGGUAGGAUGGGUGGACAGAGCCUGAUGGAUCUGAAUGGGAAAUUGGAGGAUUGCAAUUGCGUUGUCAAAAUAAAGGCUGCAGUUACUGGAAAAUCUUUAGCCUGCUAAAACACAAAGAGCCAAUCAGGUCUUGUAGCUCUCACAGGCAUGCGUUCAUAAUGAAGCGGCGUCUGGAGGAUCAGGACACGGUUUUUGCAUCGCAGCAGCGGAGGCUUGCUGGCAACCCUGAGCCUUUCCAGCAUCGCAUCCUGGCCCCUGCCCCUGCUGCUCCGGCCGUGUAUGAAGCCGUGACCGACAACAUGCAGCCCACAGCUGGCAUCCAGUACUCCAUCCCCCAGGGAUACCAGGUCCCCACUGUGGCCCAGAACAGCAGCGGACACGGGCAUGCUCCGAGUCCGGCGGUCCACACCGGGCCCCACCAUCACAGCCCCGUCGUUCAGCCCCAUGGGCCAUCAGUGAUGUCGGGGCAUGGGCACACGGCGCCCUCCCCAUCCUCUGCACAGGGUCAUCAGCAGUUCCAGAGGCUCAAGGUGGAAGAUGCUUUGUCGUACUUGGAUCAAGUGAAACUACAGUUUGGGAACCAGCCUCAGGUCUACAAUGACUUUUUAGAUAUAAUGAAAGAGUUCAAGUCCCAAAGCAUCGACACUCCCGGGGUCAUAAGCAGAGUGUCGCAGCUCUUCAAAGGCCACCCUGACCUCAUCAUGGGCUUCAACACUUUUCUGCCCCCGGGUUACAAGAUCGAGGUCCAGACCAAUGACCUGGUCAAUGUGACGACUCCGGGUCAGAUUCACCAUAUAACCCCUCAUGGCAUUUCGGUCCAGAACAUCCCCAUAACGGGAGCGGCCACCCAGCAUCCGCCCCAGCUCCCGUCUGCUGCUGCCAUCACAGCUCCACCGCUUCUGACGCAGCCAACCCCCGCCAAGAUUAACAAGCCUCCUCAGCCACAGGCGGUGACACCAAGCAGCCAGACCAAUCCGUCCAUCCCCACGUACACCUCUCCCCGCUCUCCGCCAGUGCAGCUCCACCCACCUCUCGGUGGGACCCCCGCUGGUCCACCCAUGCAGAACAACCAGCCCGUGGAGUUCAACCACGCCAUCAACUACGUCAACAAGAUCAAGAACCGCUUCCAGGGCCAGCCAGACAUCUAUAAAGCCUUUCUAGAGAUUCUCCACACAUACCAGAAGGAGCAGCGUAAUGCUAAAGAGGCUGGAGGGAACUAUACGCCGGCUCUGACAGAGCAGGAGGUCUACGCUCAGGUUGCCAGGCUCUUCAAGAACCAAGAGGAUCUGCUCUCGGAGUUUGGACAGUUUCUCCCUGAUGCCAACAGUUCAGCAAUGCUAAAUAAGACCAACGCAGAAAAGGCAGAAUCCGUAAAGAACGACCACGGCCUCACCACCAAAAAGCUGCAGCUCAACAACAAACAGAGGCCCAAUCAGAAUGGGUGUCAGAUCCGGCGCCACCCGACUCCAGGGGCCACUCCACCCGUCAAGAAGAAGCCCAAGUUACUGAAUCUAAAGGAUUCCCCGGUGGCAGAUCCCAACAAGCAUGGAGUCGGCACAGAGUCUCUGUUCUUUGAAAAGGUUCGCAAAGCCCUGCGGAGUGCCGAGGCUUAUGACAACUUCCUGCGCUGUCUGGUCAUCUUUAACCAGGAGGUGAUCUCCAGAGCUGAACUGGUGCAGCUGGUGCUGCCCUUUUUGGGAAAAUUUCCCGAGUUGUUCGGCUGGUUCAAAAACUUCCUGGGCUAUCGCGAAAUGUCCCAUAUUGAGACAUACCCCAAGGAACGGGCCACGGAGGGUAUCGCCAUGGAGAUUGAUUAUGCUUCCUGUAAGCGACUGGGUUCUAGUUACAGAGCUCUGCCCAAAAGCUACCAGCAGCCCAAGUGUACCGGCAGAACUCCGCUUUGUAAAGAGGUCCUGAACGACACCUGGGUCUCCUUUCCCUCGUGGUCCGAGGACUCCACGUUCGUCAGCUCCAAGAAAACCCAGUAUGAGGAGCACAUCUAUAGGUGUGAGGACGAACGUUUUGAGCUGGAUGUGGUGAUCGAGACCAACCUGGCCACCAUCAGGGUGCUGGAGACGGUGCAGCGGAAGUUGUCCCGCAUGUCCGCGGAGGAGCAGGCCAAGUUUCGCCUGGACAACACGCUGGGUGGUUUCUCGGAGGUUAUACACCGCAAGGCCAUCCAGAGGAUAUACGGAGACAAAGCUCCAGAUAUCCUUGACGGCCUGAAGAAGAACCCUGCUGUUUCUGUUCCCAUCGUGUUGAAAAGGUUAAAGACGAAGGAGGAGGAAUGGCGGGAAGCCCAGCGGGGCUUCAACAAGAUCUGGAGGGAACAGAAUGAGAAAUAUUACCUCAAAUCUCUGGACCAUCAAGGCAUCAACUUCAAACAGAACGACACCAAAGUGUUUCGAUCCAAGUCUUUGCUAAAUGAAAUUGAAACCAUAUAUGAUGAGCGGCAGGAGCAGGCGUCGGAGGAGAAUUCCUCCGCACCCACAGGCCCCCACCUGACCCUAGCGUACGAGGAUAGCCAGAUCCUGGAGGACGCAGCAGCGCUCAUCAUCCACCACGUGAAGCGGCAGACCAGCAUUCAGAAGGAGGACAAGUACAAGAUCAAGCAGAUCAUCCACCACUUCAUCCCCGACAUGCUGUUCGCGCAGCGCGGCGAGCUGUCGGACUUGGAGGAGGAGGAGGAAGAAGAGGACGUAGAGCUGGAGGAGGACGCUUCCAAAAAGCACAACGGCGUCUCGGGUAGCGGGAGCCCCUCCAAGUCCAAGCUGCUGUUUGGCAACACAGCAGCGCAGAAGCUGCGCUCCUGCGACGACGCCUAUAACCUCUUCUUUGUCAACAACAACUGGUACAUCUUCCUGCGCUUGCACCAAACGCUGUGCUCGCGCUUACUGAGACUGUACGAGCAAGCGGAGCGGCAGAUCGAAGAGGACGUCAGGGAGCGGGACUGGGAGCGAGAGGUCCUGGGGCUCAAGAAGGAGAAGAACGAUAAUCCUGCGAUCCAGCUCAGACUCAAGGAGCCUAUGGACAUCGAAGUGGAGGAUUACUAUUCAGCUUUCCUGGAGAUGGUUCGGAAUUUGCUUGAUGGAAACAUGGAAGCUUCUCAGUAUGAGGACUCUCUGAGGGAAAUGUUCACCAUCCAUGCUUACAUCGCCUUCACCAUGGACAAGCUCAUCCAGAGCAUAGUCCGGCAGCUGCAGCACAUAGUGAGCGACGAGAUCUGCAUCCAGGUGACAGACCUCUACCUUGCGGAGAGUGGGAACGGGGCCACCGGGGGAGCCUUGUCUGCACAGCCUUCAAGGAGCUCGGCUGAGGCGAUCUACCAGCGGAAAGCCGAGCAGCUCAUGUCUGAUGAGAACUGCUUCAAGGUGAUGUUUUCAAAAAAAAGAGGGCAAGUGCAGCUCAUAGUGGAGUUGCUCGACACGGAGGAGGAGAACUCUGACGAGCCCAUGGAAGCCGAGCGUUGGUCCGAUUACGUUGAACGCUACCUAAACCCAGACUCCACCACUCCCGAGCUGAGGGAGCAUCUCGCCCAGAAGCCCGUGUUUCUUCCAAGGAACCUGAGACGGAUCAGGAAGAACCAGAAAGGCAAGGAGCAGAUGGACAAGGAGGUCUGCGAGGGAGGAAAGAAAUCCCUGGAGAAGGAGAAGAUGGAGUGCAUGUUCAAACUAAACUCCUACAAAAUGGUCUACGUCUUCAAGUCUGAGGACUACAUGUAUCGACGCACGGCCCUGAUGAGGGCUCACCAGUCCCACGAGAGGGUGAGCACGCGACUGCACAAGCGCUUCCAGGCCUGGGUGGAUUCCUGGGUCAAAGAGCAUGUCACCCGUGACAUGAGCGCUGAGACCACCAAAUGGCUGAUGGGCGAAGGACGCGACGGCCUGCUGCCCUGCACCACCACACGCCACCCGGAGGUCCUUCAGUACAUGAACAUCAACAAGUACCGUGUAAAAUACGGGACGCCGAGCAAGGCGCCGUAGCCGACCCGGUCAGUGUGGAGGAAAAAAAGGGGGCCUGUUGGACUCCUGUGGAGGAGGGGGUGGAAGGUGUGGCCUGAGGCCACGAUUUAUAGGUAGGGAUUAGGGCUUCAUGUGAUUUUUUUUUUUUUUUACAAGGCCAACAUGGGAGCAACAGUGAUAGUCGCUCCCUUGUGUGUUGCAUCCAGGGCGGCAGGAUGACAGAUUUUUCUGUUUGUUUUACCAGCGUUUUUAGCUGGGCCCAGUUUUUUCACAGGGCCUUUGGUGCCAAAACUUAGGAGUGCUCACGUUCCAGUCACAGACCUCAGCUCUUACCAGCACUCAGAGCCACGGCACUAACUUCCUUGAGCCAGGUCGACAGGCGGUGCAAAACAGAAGAGUGGUGCUUUGUGGACUUUUAUCAGAACUGAGCUUCGCUUUAGCUAGCCCCGUCAGAAGCCAUCAGAGCUCCCAUCUUCCUACUGAGGUGUUAUUUAUGGAAAACAAUGUGAUGGACAAGUGCACUUAUUCAGGAAGAGGAAGAGGGUUACUGGAAGGGGGCUCAGUCACGUCAGAGACAUCUGGUUCCGACAUUCCUGCCUUCACGGCCAAAUCCCGAUGGUGCAUCAUCACUAGCCGGAAAGAGGGGUCACAUUUCUUUUUUCCAAAACACAUGGCAGCAUUAUCAAAGACUGUGCCUGAGCCCUAAGUGGUGCUGUCGGGUUACCGUAGAAAAGCACUGUUGCAUUUCAUGUAAAAAAAAAAAAAAAGGAAAAGGAAAAAAAAAUAAACUCACAACACUGUUUGGUCUCAGACUGUAAAACUGUAUAGCGUGUAAAUGUCAGAUCCUGACAUGUAUUCCAGUGUAUGUGUUGUGUAUAUAUAUUAUAUAUAAUUCUAUUAACACAAAAUCCUCGCCGCCCUGGAAAGUCAACCUUUUAAAGAUGCCCUCUGCCAAUACACCAGCUCACUCACUAAACACACACACACACACAUACACACACACCUGGCUCAUUCUGGGAGGACUGUCCUUGUCCCACUCAUGUUGUAAAUACUCUGUAAAUAAUCUCAGACUUUUUAUGACAGAUCCAUGUUGUUGUGCUAGUCUUUCCAAGCUUAUUGUGGACUUUAGUGAUUAACGGCUAAAGUUAGGAUGUAUAUGAAACCCACAAAUGCAAGCCCAUUUAUUACCAUUUCUACCAAAGGGAGUUGAUAAUUAUAAUUUUUUUGCCCCCUUUGUGUUUUUUCUUUAUGUCUUUGCUUUUAAAUUUCUGUAGUAAGAACAUUUGGAGGGGAGAGGGAAGUAGAAAUGUAUCCAGGUCUUGUGUUUUUUGUUUUGUUUUUUUUUGUCGUCCUCUUGCCUGUGACAACUGAUAGGUCAAAAAUCACUGCCUCCUUUUGACAGCACCGUCCAAGGUAAUAGUGAGACUUAUUUCAGAGCUCAGAAGAGCGGACCCCUCGGCACGCUUCCUUCUUCCCGGGUAGUUUUCUGCAAACCACACCAUAUUUUUGAUAAUGUAAGAAGUCACACAAGCAUGUCUUUAGUCCCUUUACUUAGACCUUAUUUAAAGUAAUAAUAAAAAAUGACAUUUGUAGCCUA